AACUGUGGAGGUCGCCAAACCACUUUUUCAUAGUUUUGCUACGACUGAUGGAAUCGAGUGUGCGGGAUCUAACGACAGCAUUAGGGGAACGAUUGUCCCUGACAGCCGAAGAGGAGGUAGGGGUCGAUUUGGAGGUUGCAGAUGAAGUCGAUCUUGCUAGUGGGCAUUCAAGAUACUGUCUUGUGGGGAAGGUUUUGACUCGAAAGAGGUACAAUAUGGAAGCCAUGGAGAACACGCUUGCCGGCGUAUGGAGGCCAGUCAAGGGUAUGCAUAUGAGGGUGUUAGGCCAAAACCUGUUUGCUUUUUAUUUUUUUCAUCCUGUUGAUAUGCAGCGGGUGUUAGCUGUUGGCCCAUGGAAGUUCUCAAACCAUGUUAUGGUUCUCCAAGAGGCACAGAAUGGAAGACGGGUCACAACAGAUGACUUAUAUGAGGUCCUUUUUUGGGUUCAGAUCCAUGGCCUACCACCAGAUCGCCUAACUACAACAUCAGGAAAGCGUAUUGGGGAAGAGCUUGGGCGUCUCAUAGAGGUGGAUGAUGGUGGCGGGGAUGCACGGGGCGGUGAGUACAUUCGAGUUAGGGUUGCUAUUGAUGCAAGGAAGCCUCUACGACGGGGGAUGAAACUCUCUUUACGGUCGGGGCAAAUUUGGGUUGAUUUUCGUUAUGAGCGCCUGCCCAACUUUUGCUACUGCUGCGGCAUGCUUGAUCAUGUUGAAUGGGAUUGCGAACUUAGCUUAGACAUGGAGGCGCAAGGAGUAGCUGAACGCCCAUACAGUGAGGAGUUACGAGCACAGCCAAAGUCCAUGCAGCGGAUUGAUGAGACUACUGGGGGACGAUGGCUCAGAGAUGCCGCCGGAAACCCGAUGGCGGCUAAAGUUCGAUGGGGGCAUUCGAAUCUUAGUUUGGCAAGUGCGAGAAAUAAGGGAUCAGUAGGAUCUUUCGCCGGUUAUGAACAGAGCAAUUGGCGGAUUGGUAAAGGCGUGACUGACGGAGUAUGUAAGGAAAGCAAUCUGGGUGACAGUUUAUUAGAAGAAAGUGUUGAUGCCAAUCGGCAUAAUACUAGCUGUAGAUUGAGAAUUGAACAUAUUGAUAGCCCGAGUGAUCUGGGCAUAACAGACACAGCUCGAGAUGCUGGAAUAAAGGAAGAUAUUGUCAUUACGGAUGUAAUCUCUACACAUCACAGCAAUAGGCGCGAAGGUGAGGCAAUGGGGAAUUUUGAAUUGAUUAGACAAGGUCCCACAGGCCUGGAUGGCCCAACAUUGAACCACGUGCAUCAAGGCCCAAACCCAACAAGUCAAGACUCUGGUUCUAUUUUUGUCUUUGCGUCAGGCUCAAAUCAUACUGGUCAAAAACCAAGAGCUUGGAAACGAGAGGCUCGUGAGCGCAGGCCUACCCAAUCUAUCAGAUUGAAACGAAAGGAUGAGAAAGUUCUGCAAGUAGAUGGCAGCCAAGCAACUUGUGAGAAGAGAAGCAGAGGAGAGGGGGUGGAUGGGCUUGGGAACCCUCGAGCAGUUCGAUGCCUCAUAGAGCUGGAGGUUGGGAUUUCAGCAUUGCUUCACAGUGGAGAAAGUGGGCCGAAGUGGGGGACUUGCUAUGUUUGGCACAAUGCUACUGUGCUCUCUUUACUUUCUUUCUCCAAGAAUCAUACUGACAUGACAAUCGAAGGCUUAGAGGGAUGCAAGUGGAGAUUCACGGGCUUUUAUGGACACCCAAAAAGAUGUAAUAGGAGACACUCAUGGUCUUUAUUGCAGGAACUUAGGAGCAGGGAGUCCUUACCUUGGCUCAUAUGUGGAGAUUUUAAUGAUAUCUUGAGCCAAGAGGAAAAACUUGGAGGGUGUCCCCAACCAGAUUGGAUGCUACAAGGUUUUAAUGAGGUGGCUACAGACUGUGGUUUAACAGAAGUACAGAUGGUUGGAGGCAAAUUCACCUGGCGAAGGGGUAGGGUGUGUGAGAAGUUGGAUAGGGGCUUAGCCUCAGCCUCUUGGAAGUGCUUAUUCCCCCAUGCUCAGGUUCGACUGCUACCGCCGUUGUCAUCCGACCAUAACCCUCUUUGGCUUACAAUAAAUGGGCGUCGGGACAAGCGGAAUAGGCAUAAGAAGAAGUUUUGCUUUGAGGAGAUGUGGCUACGGGAUGCUAGUUGUCAGGAGAUAAUUCACAAUAGUUGGCUUUCUGUUAAUGGAGCUGGCGACUGGCUUAGCCUGUUGCAAAAGGUGAAAGCCUGUUCAAUAGGCCUUGAAUCCUGGAAUUCCCAACACUUUGGCAACGUCCAGAGGCGCCUUGAGCAGUGUACUAAAAGACUAGAAGCUUUAAGCCUUUGUCGAGACCCUGAAGCCGCAUGUCAAGAGGAGAAGCAAAUACUUUUUGAAACGGAAGAGUGGCUUGAGCGAGAAGAACGCAUGGCACGGAACAAGAUCCAGAAGCUAUUGACAGACCAGGGGGAAUGGACUACUAAUUUAGCUGAGUUGAGAGGUCUUGUUACGGGAUAUUUUGCACAAAUCUUUGAGUCUACUCGUCCCUCAAAUAUCGAUGUGGUCACGAGUUGCUUAUGCCCACGAGUUGGAGUGAGGGAGAAUAGCUAUUUACUGCAUGAUUUUACUGAGGAGGAACUUGUCAAAGCGUUAUUUCAAAUGCAUCCCUCAAAGGCACCAGGCCCUGAUGGCCUAACACCACUUUUCUUUCAGAAAUUCUGGAGUACAGUGAAGAAGGAUGUGAUUACUCCGUGUUUGCAAUACUUAAACCUUGGGGUGGCUUUUCCGCAAGAGCUUAACCUUACAAACAUUGUUCUCAUUCCGAAAUGUAAGGAACCGAAGACCAUGAGUGAUCUCCGGCCGAUCAGUUUGUGUAAUGUAAUUUAUAAAGUUCUUGCAAAAACGCUGGCUAAUAGGCUCAAGCAGGUGCUACCAGAGGUUAUAUCUCCAGAACAGAGUGCAUUUCUACAAACUAGGCUCAUUACUGAUAAUUUCUUGAUUGCUUAUGAAGUCCUCCAUUUCAUGCGUGCUAGAAAGCGUAGGAAGAGGGGUUGGCAAGCAAUAAAGCUCAACAUGAGCAAAGCCUUUGAUAGGGUUGAAUGGCCAUACUUAGAAGCUGUUAUGAGGGCUCUCGGUUUCGCAGAUCGGUGGAUAUCUUUAAUCAUGGGCUGUGUCUCUUCAGUGCAGUAUAAUAUUCUACUCAAUGGUGCGGAUGCUGGGCGAGUCAUCCCAACUCGAGGCUUACGACAAGGGGACCCUCUGUCCCUAUACUUAUUCAUCUUAUGUGCGGAAGGCCUUACAGCAAUGAUCAGAGAUGCAGAGGAACAGAAGUUGUUACAUGGGAUUAAAAUAUGCAGACAAGCUCCCACUAUCUCCCACCUUUUCUUUGCAGAUGAUAGCUUCCUUUUUCUUCGAGCAACUGAAACAGAGUCUAAGUCCUCAGUGAUCUUUAGUAGUAAUGUGCCACAAAGAACUCAAGAUGCCAUCUCCCAGAUACUUUGUAUGAGUGCAAGCUCCCAACCGGGGCGAUAUCUCGGUCUUCCUGCCUUUGUGGGUAGAAAUAGAACUGCAGUAUUCUCGAGCCUGAAGUCAAAAGUCUGGCAUAAAGUUGGUGAAUGGAGGGAGCAACCCCUUUCUAGAGCAGGUAGGGAGGUGUUGAUCAAAUCAGUGCUGCAAGCUCUCCCAACUUAUGUCAUGAGCUUAUUUCUACUCCCUCAAAGUCUCUGCACGGAUUUAGAAAGGAUUAUGAACCGCUAUUGGUGGGGUGGUGGAAUGGACGAGCAUAAGAUUCACUGGUUGGAAUGGAAGAAGCUUGCCACUUCGAAAAGGGACGGCAGUUUGGGCUUUCGCUCCCUUCAUGAAUUUAAUCUUGCGAUGCUCUGUAAACAGAGUUGGAGAUUGCUAGUGAAUCCAGACUCUUUGGUGGGCCGAUUGAUGAAAGCAAAGUAUUUCCCUCGCUCCGAUCUGUUUCACGCAGAGCUAAAACCUGCUUGUAGCCAAACAUGGCGGAGUAUUUGGUGCUCUAUCACACUAUUAAGGCAGGGUUGUAGGAAGUUAAUUGGAGAUGGUCGAACGAUCGAGAUAUGGGGAGAUCCAUGGCUGCCCGGGAUCACACAAUUUUGCGUUCAAUCUCCUCGACCUCUCUCUUGUACUCUUCACUAUGUUGCGGAUCUCAUAGAUGAAGCCACUCAUACAUGGAAGCAGGAUCUAAUUUUGUGUACCUUUAAUCCUUCUGAAGCUGCUCUGAUUUUGUCUAUUCCUCUCAGCUGGACGCGGCGGAAUGAUGGGUGGACUUGGAACUUUACAAGGAAUGGUGUUUUCUCUGUCAGAACUGGGUACCACCGUGCCUUGGAGAUGGAGAGUAGUCGCAUUGGCCCCUCAGGGUCUUCAGGCAGUGUUGGAGGAGGCCGCUUAUGGCGUAUUGAUGUUCCUGAGACGGUCCGUCUUUUAAUAUGGCAAGCUUAUAGGGGUGUGCUCCCAACUAAGGAUAACCUUCAUCGGCGACGCGUUGAGACCGACUUGUUAUGCCCUGUGUGUGGUCUGGAGCCUGAGUCUAUAUUGCAUUGCUUUGUGUACUGCCUCGCCGCAAGAGCAACUUGGUUAGGAAGCCCUCUUAGUCUCCGCGUGUCAGAGCUUCAUGUUGAUAAUUUUGCAGCUUUUAUUGACGGUAUGAUACCUAUCCUGGGAAGAGAACAAUUAGAGAUGUUAUGCAUCCUGUGUUGGAAGAUUUGGGGGUGCAGAAAUGAGGUAGUUUGGCACGGUAAGCACACAGAUCCACAACGCAUCAUAGAGCACGGCUUGGGCUAUUUACGGGAGUAUAAACAAGCAAUGAUCUCAAAGGGCAGGCAAGUGGGACUUGGGCAACAGCUUGGUGAAACAAGAUGGAGGCCUCCUGACGUGAGUCACGUGAAGAUCAAUACAGAUGGAGCCACAUCAGGUCAGCAACAGAAUUUUGGCAUAGGAGCUGUGGCCCGUGACCAUGAUGGUAAUGUGGUGGCAGCGAUGGCAUGUAAAGGGCAAGGUGCAGUGGUCGCUGAGAUAGCUGAGGCAUGUUCGCUGCGCAAGGCGCUACAGUGGGCGCGAGGCCUUUCUUUUGAUAGGAUAAUUCUUGAAUCAGACUGUGCGACCAUCGUCACCGCCAUGCAACAUGAGUCUCCCCCUCUGAAUUCCACCUUGGGGCUGAUUAUUUCUGACAGCAAGAUGCUCAUGACUUCCUUCCUUAGUUGUCGAGUUCAGCACACUAGAAGGGAAGGAAAUUCUGUUGCUCAUGAGUUGGCGAAACGAGCCAUCCAAGCAGAAGCCGACGAGUGCUGGGGUGCUGAUCUACCUGAGCUUAUAGCGCAAUUUGUAAUAAGGGACAAGUCCAAUAUCUAAUUAUGUCUUCCCUAUUUCUCCCUUAUUUAUCAAUAAAAUAUGCGCAUCCUU